AUGGCAAUGGCUAAUAACAAAACACUAUGUUUUACAUGCAGUAAAGAAAAAAUAACAUAUCUUUGUAGAGGAUGUUCAAAAGAAUUUUGUUUCAUACAUUUAACAGAACAUCAACAAAACUUAAAUGAAGAAUUAAAUUAUAUUAUUAAUGACUAUGAUCAAUUUAAACAAAGAAUUAAUGAACAAAAACAAAAUCCACAGAGCCAUUCAUUAAUAAAACAAAUUGAUGAAUGGGAAAGAAAUUCAAUUGAAAUAAUUCAACAAAAAGCACAAGAAUGUAGAAAAAUUGUCAUUGAAUAUCCACAAAAAUUUAUUGAUGAAAUUGAAAAGAAAUUUAAUGAUUUAUCUGAACAAAUCAAACAAAUUCAUAGCGAAAAUGACUUUAAUGAAAUUAAUUUAAAUUAUUUAGAAAAUCAAUUAAUACAAAUUACAAAAGAAAUAAAUAAUUUAUCGACGAAUUCUAUUAAAGAAGAUUCACAGUCAUUUAUUAAUGAAAUUUCAAUUAUUCCAUCGAAAAUAUCAAAACUUAACAAAUGGAAACAAAAUGCCAUCACUGUGGCUGGUGGAAAUGGACAAGGACGAGGAUUAAAUCAACUCGAUAGCCAUUCUGGAAUCUUUAUUGAUAAAAAGAAAAAUAUUUUCAUUGCUGACUGGUUGAAUCAUCGUAUUGUUGAAUGGAAAUGUAAUGUAAAGGAAGGACAAAUCGUUGCAGGUGGAAAUAGUAGAGGAAACGAAAUCAAUCACUUGAAUUAUCCAACAGAUGUAAUUAUUAAUCAACAAACUCAUUCGAUCAUCAUUGCUGAUCAUGGAAACAAGCGGGUGAUUCAAUGGACGAAUCAAAAUCAACAAAUUCUCAUUCACAACAUUGACUGUUAUGGUUUGGCAAUGGAUAAACAUGGUUUUCUUUAUGUUUCUGAUUGGGAGAAGAAUGAGGUGCAACGAUGGAAAAUGGGUGAAUAUAACAACGAAGGAACUGUAGUGGCAGGUGGAAAUAGACAAGGGAAUGAACUUAAUCAAUUCAAUACUCCUACUUGUAUCUUUGUUGAUAAAGAACAAUCUGUUUAUGUAUUAGAUUUUCACAAUAAUCGUGUGAUGAAAUGGAGAAAAGGUGCAAAAGCAGGAAGAAUUGUGGCUGGAGGAAAUGGUCAAGGAGGAAAUCUUAAUCAAUUAUCUUAUCCUACAGGAGUAAUUGUUGAUGAUUUGGGUCAAAUCUAUGUAGCAGAUUGGGGGAAUCAUCGAGUAAUACGUUGGUGUGAAGGAAAAGAAGAAGGUGAAAUUGUUGUUAAUGGAAAUGGCAAAGGAAAUCAAUUGGAUGGUCCCCGUGGUUUAUCUUUCGAUGAUGAAGGAAAUCUUUAUGUUGCUGAUUGUUGUAAUCAUCGCAUUGAAAAGUUUGAAAUAAUAUUGUAA